GCAGUAUUUAUACGCGUCAAAUUAUACUGUGAUAUAAAACAGCUGUACAAAAACUAAAUAUCCAGUACAUAGUUAACGUGCAACCGGUAUAACAUCAUGAGUUUUCAAGACAAAGUAGUGAUUGUGACGGGCGCUAGUUCUGGCAUUGGAGCUGCCACUGCCAUCAAGUUUGCAGCAGAAGGAGCUAAAGUAGCCUUAGUGGGAAGGAAUCAAACAAAACUGAAUAACGUUGCGAAAAAAUGCGGUAAUCCUGUAGUCAUCAUUGCUGACGUGUCCAAAGACGAUGACGCUAAAAGAGUUAUUGACGAUACCAUAAGAUAUUUAGGAAAGAUCGAUAUUUUGGUAAACAAUGCUGGCAUAGCAACACCAGUCAGUAUUUUAUCUGACCGUGCACUUGAAGUAUUCGAUCAAGUCAUGUCAACAAACCUGCGUGGAUCUGUAUAUUUGACACAUCUUACUGCGCCUCAUCUUGUGAAAACGAAAGGAAACAUUGUCAACGUAUCCAGUGUCGCUUCAUCUGUAGUUUUGGCUAAGGAUUUCUUCUCAUACUGCGCUUCAAAGGCUGCACUUGAUCACUUCAGUAAAGCGGUUGCCCUUGAACUGGCCCCGAGCGGUGUUCGUGUCAACGUUGUUAAUCCUGGACCUGUGCGAACUGAUAUAGUUGAAAAUAUGGGAGCAACAAAAGAAGUUGCAGAAGCUACUUUCGGCCAAAUGCAUAGUCCUCCUCUUGAUAGAAUUUCCGAACCUGAAGAAAUUGCCGAUCUGAUUAUGUAUUUAGCCAGUGACAAAGCUAAGGGCAUGACAGGGUCGACAGUUGUAACUGAUAAUGGAAUGAUAUUAAAAAGUAAUACCCAGCCUCUACAAGAUUUGUAAUUCUCUUAAUUUACAUUUAAUAUGAAGAUUAUGUGUUUUCGACUAAACAAACAGUUACAGAUAAAUGUAAUCAAUUACCAUUAUACAAUAAAAUACAUAUAACAUUUUCUAU